AUGGCCUCGCUUCGAGUUCUCGCAUUUGAUCAUGAGGGUAGACCAGUUCAGUUUGACACGUGGCUCGAAGAUCUGCAGCUGUACCUACUGAGCGAUAUUAAGGACGGUGUUUCCCUGUUUGACCACAUGUCCGGUGCUGCUACUACCCCUCCCACCACAGCUGACAGUGCAACUCGCUCACAGUGGCUUUCUCGCGACGCUGCUGCCCGCUUAGCCAUUCGCAACCACCUUCCGUUAGCCGAAUGCGCUCACUUCGGACAGCACAGGACCGCACAGGCACUGUACGACGCUGUAGUCGCUCGCUACUCCUCCCCGGCCACUGGUGCUCUAGGCCGCCUGCUUCUGCCCUACCUGUUCCCCGAGCUGUCCGCCUUUACCACAGUCGAGGACCUGGUUUCCCACCUUCGCGCUAGCGACGCUCGCUACCGCGCUGCUGUCUCUGCUGAGUUCCUUGACAGGAACCAGCCCCCGAUGUUCAUCACCCUCUACUUCAUAGUCACUCGCCUCCCUGACUCUCUUCGCUCUGUUAGGGACCACUUCCUCUCUCUUGACCCCACCUCCCUCACUGUUGACCUCCUCGAGCAGCAUCUCCUUGCAGCUGAGACUAGUGCAGUUGCUGUAGGUGCUGCUCGUGGCACUCCGCGCCCCCCCUUCUUUGAGGGGUGCUCCCCCUCCCCCCUUACCCCCUCCUACGCCUCUGCUGCUGCUGCAGACGUCUCUGUUGCUGAGGACGUCGGGGCUGCUUCUGCUAGUGCGAAGCGCCGCAGCGGCAAGGGCAAGGGUGGCAAAGGUGGUGGAGGUGGCGGCGGCGGUGGUGGAGGUGGCAGUGGGAGUAGUGGUGGGGGCAGCAGUGGAGGUAGUGGCGGCGGUGGGACUGGUAGAGGGAGUGGGGGCUCUGGUGGCGGCGGUGGAGGCAGCGGUGGGAGUGGCGGCGGUGGCGGCAGUGGGACUGGUGGCGCUCCCUCGCUGGGCAGAUCUGCUUAG